AGAGACCCUUUUUCGUCGUUUUCAUCACUGAGGAGAACUUCCUCACCACAAUCACCUCUGAAAAGGUGUUGAAACAAAUAUAGGUCGCCUUCAGUAAAAUUUUACUAUUCGUGUUUUACUAUUAUUAUUAUUAUUAUGGGAGAAAUAGAAACAAAAAAGGACGAGAAUGCAAAGCGACCUAUUGAGAAUGUAAAUUUUUCAGAAGAUGAAGAGUCGAUGAAGCAACAUGCUAAAAAGGCCAUAAUAGAUCCUGUGGAACCAGAAGAAAAGUCAGAAAGUAAUCAUGAAUGCGAAAAUUUGAAGGAAGAGUCCAAUGAAGAGGAAACACCUCGUUCUUCUCCAGUUUCUGAUACCGAUGAAGAUGAAACCCCUACUGAAGUGAAAUUCCAACAACAAUAUUCCCAAUUUAAUUAUCCCAUCAAUGAACCGCCGAAUGAUAGACCCGUGCGUGUUUAUGCAGAUGGUGUAUUUGACUUAUUUCACAUUGGCCAUAUGAGACAAUUGGAGCAAGCAAAAAAAGUUUUUCCCAACGUUCACCUGAUUGUUGGACUUCCCAACGAUAUGCUAACUCAUCGACUAAAGGGUUUAACCGUUAUGAAUGACAAAGAACGAGCCGAAGCACUUCGCCAUUGCAAAUGGGUAGAUGAGGUCGUAGAAAGCGCUCCUUGGGUGAUUACACCAGAAUUUUUGGAAGAACAUGAAAUUGACUUUGUCGCUCAUGAUGAUAUUCCUUACGCAUCUGAUGAUAGUGGUGAUAUCUACCUUCCCGUUAAAAAAGUAGGCAAGUUCAUACCUACUAAACGUACGGAGGGUGUUUCCACCUCUGAUUUAAUUACACGAAUUAUUCGUGAUUACGAUCAAUAUGUUAUGCGUAACCUAGCAAGAGGAGUUGAUAGAAAGGUUUUGAAUGUGUCUCUGUUCAAAAAGAAUGAGCUGGACUUUCGCCAUCAUAUCAAGAUGCUACGUGACACAAUUCGUAACCACUGGGUAUCUACUAGUCGUGAUUUAAAGGCAGACAUAAAAUCUUUCCUUUCAAUGGCUACUACUGAUUACCAAUUGCAAUAUACCCCUUUGCAUGGCUCAAGCGCACCGCCUAGCCCUGGCCCUGGAAAUCACCAAAAUAGCUUUUUGGGCGGCCUAAAUCGCUGGAUGCAACGUCGCUCAAGUAGCCAAUAUGAUUUGCGUUUGGAAGCCGAUUUGUCUAAUCCAUCUAGUCAAAAUGAUGAUACUGUAACUAUUAAACACAAUCAGUAAAGCUUUGGCCUUCUCUAGUGAUUGAUGGCUCGACCAUUCCUUAAUACAUUUAAAAAAUCUAUUAGACGAUUAAGACUUACCUUUACCUUUAUCUUUCAUUACUAUUACUAUAUGUUAAUAUGGAAUGUGGCGGCAGUAUGGGUUUGACCUGUAAUCAUGCAACUUUACUGUUCAUGAAAUCCUGUCCUACUAUUCCCAGUUGUCUGAACUGUAUAACGAUUGUUUGAAUUCAUGCUAAUACUAUCAUUUAUGAGACAUUCCAUAAUCUGCUUACGUUUUAUAUGGCCGCCGGAUAUUAAACCUUAUGCAUUCUAGUGACCUUAAGUCUCACUUAAUACCUUACUAUUGGCUUUACCUCUCAUUCACGUUUUGUUUAAUACAGCAGCUCAGUUGACCAGCGGUUGUUGUUUUUUUGUGUAGUUUUGGAGGGUUUUUUCCGCCUUUGAAUUUACAGCUUUGAUGUUAAAAGUUCAUUUUCUCUCCUUCUAAUUGUAGGGUCUGUCAGGAGAGUGUCUCUUAAGUAGUAUCCUUGGGGGUGACUUUAGUCUCUUGUAACAUUUAGUUACAUUUAAUUUUAAUAAUUAUAGUCUUUUACCAAUUUCUCUCUAA